GGACCUCUUUUCUCCUCGUCACACGAGGUCAAAGAAGAAAAUGAGAUCAAAAGCUUAUCUUCUUCUGGUAGUUUUUUUAUCUUCUUUCUUCUUUCUCCCCCCUUUCUCUCUUUCAACUGAAGAACCUGUAGGGUACGGCUAUGAUCUUCGAUCCGUCACCGUUAAUCCCUCCGGAAAGUCGUUGACAGCCCACUUGGGUCUCAUCAAAAGCUCACCCAUCUACGGACCCGAUCUUCCCAAUCUCAUACUUCUCGCCAGCUUUGAAACAAAUGAACGGUUGAGAGUCCGGAUAACAGAUGCGGACCACCAAAGAUGGAACGUCCCAAAAGACAUCAUCCCCCGCCAAACCACCCUCCCCCGUCGAUUCCUACCGGAAUACCACCAAAGCUCUUUGGAAAAGAGCUUAUCCCUCUCGGAAUCCGAUCUCAUCUUCACCAUCCACGCCACAUCUCCAUUUGGGUUCUCAGUGUCCCGCAGAUCAACGGGCGACGUCCUCUUUGACACUUCGCCGGGGAAGUCAGAUUCCGGCACCGGCCUCAUUUUCAAGGACCAGUACAUACAAGUCACUUCGACGCUUCCGGCAGAUCGCGCCAACCUGUACGGCCUCGGCGAGCAUACGAAGAAGACAUUCCGCCUGGCCCACAAUGAGACCUUAACGAUGUGGAAUUCGGAUAUUGGAUCUGCUAAUCUUGACCUCAACCUAUAUGGGUCCCAUCCAUUUUACAUGGACAUCAGAUCCGCGUCGUCUGAUGCAAAAUCAACGGCGGGGAUGACGCAUGGCGUCCUGUUGCUGAACAGCAACGGUAUGGAUGUUGUAUAUGGUGGGUCACACAUCACGUACAAAGUGAUUGGUGGUCUCCUGGAUUUCUAUUUCUUUAGUGGGCCAUCGCCGCAAUCUGUGAUGGAACAAUACACGGAGCUCAUCGGACGGCCAACUCCAAUGCCGUACUGGUCAUUUGGUUUUCACCAGUGUAAAUACGGGUAUAAGAACGUGUCUGAUCUCGAAGGCGUGGUGGCUGGAUAUGCAAAGGCCAGGAUUCCUCUUGAAGUCAUGUGGACGGAUAUUGAUUACAUGGACGGAUACAAAGAUUUCACGCUCGAUCCCGUCAACUUUCCGGCGGACCAGUUGAAGAAAUUCGUUGAUCGGCUUCACAGGAACGGCCAGAAAUAUGUCGUCAUCUUAGAUCCCGGCAUCAAUGUGAAUGAUACGUACGAAACAUAUGUUCGUGGCAUGCAAGCUGACAUCUUCAUAAAGCGUGACGGCAAACCUUACCUCGGUAAGGUCUGGCCAGGACCCACCUACUUCCCUGAUUUCCUAGACCCAGCUGCAGUGAGCUUUUGGGGUCAUGAGAUCGCCAUAUUCCACCAGGUCAUCCCAUUCGACGGCCUUUGGAUAGAUAUGAAUGAAAUCUCAAAUUUCGACUCCUCCCUUCCAUCCCCCAACUCUACACUCGACGACCCACCUUACGAUAUCAACAAUUCUGGGACCCGACGACCCAUCAAUGAAAAAACAGUCGCUGCAUCGUCCCUUCACUACGGCAAUGUAACUGAAUACAAUGCCCACAACCUCUACGGGUUCUUGGAAUCCAAAGCAACGAACAAGGCAUUGAUCAAGGUCACUAGGAAGAGACCAUUUGUACUCACGAGAUCGACUUUCGUGGGGUCUGGCAAGUACGCGGCCCAUUGGACGGGUGACAAUGCUGCCACGUGGGAUGAUCUCGCAUACUCAAUUCCAUCUAUAUUGAACUCUGGGCUGUUCGGGAUUCCGAUGGUUGGGGCUGACAUUUGUGGGUUUGGUGGAAACACUAAUGAGGAGCUCUGCCGGCGAUGGAUUCAGUUAGGAGCAUUCUAUCCUUUCGCACGGGACCAUUCGGACAAGGGAUCAAUCAGGCAAGAGCUCUAUGUUUGGGACUCAGUUGCUUCAUCCGCCAGAAAGGCGCUCGGGCUACGGUACCAGCUUCUCCCACACAUCUACUCACUGAUGUACGAGGCCCACAUUAGCGGGACACCCAUCGCACGGCCCUUAUUCUUCUCAUUCCCCGAAGAUGUCCAGACGUACGGUAUCAGCACCCAGUUCCUGAUUGGGAAGGGUCUGAUGGUGUCGCCAGUCCUAACUCCGGGAGCAGUCUCAGUCCAUGCAUACUUCCCAGCAGGAAAUUGGUUCAACCUCUUCAACUACUCACAGUCAGUGAGUGUAACUUCCGGUGAGUACAUCACCCUCAACGCCCCGUCGGAUACCAUAAACGUGCAUGUAAGGGGAGGGAAUGUCAUAACCAUGCAAGGGGAAGCGAUGACAACAGAGGCGGCCCGCCGGAGUGAUUUCCAGCUAUUGGUCGCACUUGAUGAGAGUGGGACCUCUGUGGGGGAAGUGUUUUUGGACGAUGGGGAGGAGGUGGAGAUGGGAGGGGAAGGCGGGAGGUGGAGUCUGGUGAGGUUUGAAACUGGGGUCGAAGGGGAUGCGGUGAAGGUCAGAUCGACAGUGGUAAACAAGCAGUUUGCAGCCGAUCAAAUGUGGGCCAUUAAAAAGUUGGUUUUCCUUGGAUUGAAGGAGGAACCGGCAGCAGUGAAGAGAGUUUCAAUCAAUGGGAUUUCGAGUCCAAAUUCGACAAUAAGAACUGGUUACGACGGAAAUGGGAGGUUUGCGGUUGCUGAGAUUACCGGAUUGUCAUUGCUCAUUGGAGAGGAGUUCGAGUUGAAGUUACAACGAUAGAAUUGUUGAAGACACAUCAAUGCAACCGUAUGCAUGGAUUAUUUCCUAGUUGCUGCAGCAGUGUUUUCCAUUGCAGGUGAUCUCAGUGAUGUACUCCGGUGUGGGUUAUUGAUCAAUCGUCGAAAUAAAGAUCUUAGUAGAAAGUCAA